CCCGCUGCCGGGCCGCAGCGCGGCGGGGCCGGGCCGUGCCGGGGCCGUGCCGACGGCGCUGGGGCUCCCGCGGCCCCGAAGGGGUUAAGGCAGGCGGGCUCCGUCCCGCCGGCGCCGAGACCUGCCCAGCCAGACCAGCAACUUCGCGGCAGCGGCGGCAGCAGGCGGAGCGGUGCGGAGCGGAGCGGGGCUGCGGCCGCCGCCAGCGCGCUCCCCCCGGCAGCGGCAGCGGGGGCGCCCCGGCCCCGCCGCGCUCCCCCGGCGGCCGCAGGUGCCGGUGAGGCCGUGGCCGCCAGCGAUCCUCCCUUCGCCGCCGUUUCUGCCCGCGGCCGGCGGGCUUGCGGCACCGCGCAGCCAUGACGACCUCGGCCCUGCGCCGGCAGGUGAAGAACAUCGUGCACAACUACUCGGAGGCGGAGAUCAAGGUGCGGGAGGCCACCUCCAACGACCCAUGGGGGCCGCCCAGCUCCCUGAUGUCGGAGAUCGCGGACCUCACCUUCAACACGGUGGCCUUCGCCGAGGUCAUGGGCAUGAUCUGGCGGCGGCUGAACGACAGCGGCAAGAACUGGCGCCACGUCUACAAGGCCCUCACGCUCCUGGACUACCUCAUCAAAACCGGGUCGGAGAAGGUGACCCACCAGUGCCGGGAGAACCUCUACACCAUCCAGACCCUCAAGGACUUCCAGUACGUGGACCGGGACGGCAAGGACCAAGGCAUCAACAUCCGGGAGAAGGUGAAGCAGGUCAUGGCGCUGCUCAAGGACGAGGAGCGGCUGAAGCAGGAGCGGGCGCACGCGCUGCAGACCAAGGAGCGCAUGGCCCUCGAAGGCAUGGGCAGCGGCAGCCACCAGCUCAGCUACAGCCGGCGCGCCUCGCCGUACGGCGACGACUACGGCCGGGCACGGGGCUCGCCGUCCUCCUUUAACUCCUCGUCCUCGUCCCCGCGGUUCGCCUCCGACCUGGAGCAAGCGAGGCCCCAGACCACGGGCGAGGAGGAGCUGCAGCUGCAGCUCGCCCUGGCCAUGAGCCGCGAGGAGGCCGAGAAGAAGCCACUUCCUCCAAUUUCCAGUACAGACGAAGAAAGGCAAUUGCAGCUCGCGCUCGCGCUGAGCAAAGAGGAGCACGAGAAGGAGGUGAGGGCUUGGCAGGGGGAGAACUCCCUGCUGCAGAGAGCCUUGGAGGAGACCACACAGGGUGGGGAGGAAGAGGAGGAAGAAGAGAAGAUGAAGAAAAGCCAGUCCUCUAUAAUGGAGCUGGCAGAUAUAUUUGGGCCGGCGCCAGCCCCUCCCAGCCACACGUCUGUCGACCCGUGGGAUGUGCCAGAUCUGAAACCCAAAGCGGAGCCAGCAGCCUCUGCCUGGGCCGGCGCAGCCGACCCCUGGGUCCCGCUCCCGGCCACGGCCGGGGACCCGCUCUCCCAGGCGACAGCGUCAGCCCACCAAGCCUCCGCCGGGCCCUGGGAUUUCCCCCCCGGUGCCACCUCCUCCUCUUCCUCUGAUCCUUGGGGAAAGACGCCCUUGCCUUCUGGCUUCUCUUCCGCGGACCCCUGGGUGAAGGCCUCCCCACCCGCUCAGGCUUCUUCUGGUGCUACGUCGGCUGCCGACCCCUGGGCCUCUGUCACUGAGCAGCCUCCUAACCCGGCUGCGGGGGGGGACGCUUUCGACCUGUUUGCAAAGCCGCCGGAGCCAGCCGAGCAGCCGGAGCAGGAGCACUCGCAGCUGCCCUCCUCGGCCAAGUCCAACAGCCCCGUUGAGCUGGACCCCUUCGGCGACCUGUUCCCCAGCGCCAAGCAGGACGGGGCGAAGAGCUUCGACCUCACCAGCCUGGCGGACUCCCUGGCCGAAUCCUGCAAGGAGAGGAAGGACUGUAAAACGCCCGAGGCGUUUCUCGGCCCCGCCGCCUCCUCCCUCGUGAACCUCGACUCCCUGGUUGCUCCCCCGCAGGCGUCCAAGACGCGCAACCCUUUUCUCUCGGGUCUCAGCACACCGUCCCCCACCAACCCGUUCAGCGUCGCCGAGCAGCCCAAGCCCACGCUCAACCAGAUGCGGACCGGCUCGCCCGUGCCCGGCCUGGCCGUGGGCGUCCCCGUCAACUCCAUGACGUACAGCGCGUCGCUCCCGCUGCCGCUGAGCAGCGUCCCCGCGGCUGCGGCCCUGCCCGCCUCCGCCAGUGCCUUCCCGCAGGCCGGGGCCGGGCCCUUUCCCGAACUCCCCAGCAACCUGCCGCAGCCUUUAUUGCCGCUGAGCGGCCCGGCCCCGCCGCCGCCCUCCCAAGGGGGGCUGAACCCCUUCCUCUGAAGUCUCUGGACCGGUGGCACGUGUAGUCUCUCGCCCCUUCCCCGGCUGUUACAGACACCCCGGCGUUUCCUCGUGCAAAGACCUGCAGGGCAACCGGUUCACUAGCUGCGAUGGAGGAGGCCUCAUUUUGCAAAGUCCUAUCCCAGCACCCGCCCAGGUCGCGGACGGAGUCAGCAUGAAUAUCCUCGCUUGAAGCGCUAGAGAAGAGCCCGUUCCCGCAUGGCGGGCGAAGGACAGCUCGAUCCGCCGGCGGCGGCGCGGGGCGCGUGCCCGGCUGGCUCUCAGCGGUGCGGGGCAGGCGGAGGAGCCCCCAUAAGGGCUUCCAAUAUUUGGGCCCUCCGCUCCGGUGCGGCCGGCUGGCCUGGCGCGGAGGGUUGGAGGGACGCCCCGUCUCCGCGUCCCUCCCGGCGGGCAGCCCGAGGGCCGGGCCGCGAGCAGCGGGGCGAGCGCGCCCCUUCCGCUACGGCUUGCUGCCGCAGAGCUUGCAUGGAGCUGGGGCCCGCCGGCUGCAGCGGGGGCGUUCCUGGGGCUGGGAGUGGUCGGAGCUUUCCCCCUUCCCGUCCUUUUCCUUGGAAAUCGUCUUCCCUCUCCAGGCUUCCCCUUUCUCCCGCCUUUCUGCCCCCCACGCUUGGUUCCCCAGGCUGGCGCGUGCUCCCUGCCGCGCUCCCCGGCUGCUGCUCGCCAUCCCCUUCUCGCCGUCGCCUGCGGCGUCUCCCCCCAGCCCCACCUGGCCCCUCGUCCCCUCCGUGCCCGCUAUGCCCGUCCUCAACCCGCCUCCGACCCGUGGGGGAAGAAGCCGCAGGAGGCUCCUGCAGCCGAAGGGCGUCCAGCCCCCCCGGCCCCGGGCCUGGCACCCUCCUCGCGGCGCAGCGGGUCGGCCUCGGCCCUGGGAGCCGCGCGGGGGCCGCCAUCGCCGCGGGGGGCCGGGGGGCCGUGGCGGGGCGCAGUCGUCAGCGCUUCAGUGCAUACGUUCGUUAGCACUUCUCUAAAGCAGCGGCAGCACCAGCUCCACGGUGACAGAGACUUUGUGGCUAUAACAGAACUUAGGAAAUCAUGAACUGACUGUAAAACAAUAAAAUAUCCUAAUGGGC